AUGAAGACGCUUUCCUCCCUCUUCAUCGCCAUCAUCGCAAUUGCACUUGCCGUAUACAACAACGAGUACAUGCUCUCGAGGCUCACACAGUCACUGAGACACGUCACAUCCCUAGCGAAGACUACGAAGCCCUUCUACAACGCCACCGAAGAUAUGUCGACCAUGUUCCGCGGACUGCCCGUCAUCCCCGACGAGAAGUUCACCACCGAUGCGCCCCGCAAGAUCGCAAAGUCCUUCCUUGCUGUCGAGCAAUCUGAAGGCGCAGGAGCGAAAGUGAGGAGGAGUGUUGGCACCCCCAAACUCCGCAACUUCUCUCCCUUCCUCAUGCUCGACCACUUUGCCAUUCCACCCGGCGCAGGCUUCCCUGACCACCCACACAGAGGCCAAGAAACCAUCACAUACCUUCUCUCCGGCGCCGUCGACCACGAAGACUUCGCCGGGAACAAGGGCACCAUCGAGCAGGGCGACCUGCAAUUCAUGACCGCCGGUCGCGGCAUCGUCCACGCCGAGAUGCCGCGCCAAAACGAGGACGGCGCGCCCAACGUCGGAAUGCAACUCUGGGUCGAUCUGCCCAAGGAGCUGAAGUCAUGCGAACCCCGCUACCGCGACCUACGAGCGAAGGAGAUCCCCGAGACGACCGCGGACAACGGCAAGGUACACGUCAAAGUUAUCAGUGGACAAGCGUACGGCACCGAGAGUCUGAAGGAGCUGGCAUACACACCCGUCUGGCUGCUCGACUUCACAGUUCAGCCUGGCGGCAAAGUCAAGCAGCCCCUGCCAAAGGGCUGGAACGCUUUCGCAUACCUCCUCAACGGCACGACCAUUUUCUCUUCCGACGGCGUAUCGCGACCCAUCGAACAAUACCACAACGUCGUUUUCGAGAGCAACGGCGACAGCAUCGAAGCAUCCGUGGAGGAAGGUGCCGACAAGCCAUCGAGGUUCAUCCUUGUCGCUGGUCUGCCGCUCGAUCAGCCCAUCGUACAAUACGGACCCUUUGUCGUUACGUCAAGAGACGAGGUCAUGCAGGCUAUGAUGGACUACCAGAGCCACUCGAAUGGUUUCGAGAGGGCGAACAACUGGGAAAGCGAGAUUGGAAAGAGCAUGGUGCAUUGA